CGUGUGAGAGGACUAUGGUGAUUAUACUUAGUUUUUAUAACUUCAAUCAAAAGUUUGUUAUUUUACAAUAGCACCGGAGCGUGUUAUUGCCUCUCUGGCAGAGUUUGAAGAAGAAUCUACCAGAGUUUUUACUAUGAUUUUAACCGGAGUAGUUAAGAUCAUAUUGCUGUUUCUCGGCCAUCUGAGGGAGGUAAAAGCUUCAGAUCAGGGGACAGCGGGCAGAUAAAUCUGCAUUGAGGUAUGUAGCAGUUUUUAUUUUCUGAAUGGAAUUGAUGAGAAAAUCCUGCCAUACCGUUAUAAUGACAUGUAUGUAUACACUUCAGUAUUCUGGGGAUGGUAUUUCACCGGAACUACUCUGUUAAAGGUCUCUAAUCCUUUUAAUAAGUAUUUAUCAUGUUAAACGUUUUUGCUGGAAUGUAGAAUCGUUUACAUUGCUGAGGUACUGAGUGAAUAAAUAUUUGGGCAUUAAUUUCCACUUGGCAGUUGUUUGCUUUUAAUUGUGACAGUUUCGUUUCUCUUCACUGCUGUGUAUGAGAGGGAGGGGCCGUUUUUGGCGCUCUUUGCUACGCAUCAAAAAUUUCCAGUCAGCUACUCUUAUAUUUCCUGCAUGAUCCGGUUCAUCUCUGACAGAUCUCAGGGGGUCUUCAAACUUCUUUGGAGGGAGGUAUAUUCUCUCAGCAGAGCUGUGAGAAUUUCAUAUUGACUGUGAAUAAAAACGUUGCUCUGUAAUUUUUAUGUCAAAUUUAAUUAUUGUUAUUUUACUAAUGGGAACAAACCUUUGCUAAAAGUUGUGUUGUUUUAAAGUUUGAUGCUAUAACUGUUUUUCAGUUCAUUAUCUCAACUGUCAUUUAAUCGUUUAGUACCUCUUUGAGGCACAGUACGUUUUUGCUAAAAAAGAUUAUAACCAGGUUGCUAGUUAUUGCUAGUGUGUUAAACAUGUCUGACUCAGAGGAAGAUAUCUGUGUCAUUUGUUCCAAUGCCAAGGUGGAGCCCAAUAGAAAUUUAUGUACUAACUGUAUUGAUGCUACUUUAAAUAAAAGUCAAUCUGUACAAUGUGAACAAAUUUCACCAAACUGCGAGGGGAGAGUUAUGCCGACUAACUCGCCUCACGCGGCAGUACCUGCAUCUCCCGCCCGGGAGGUGCGUGAUAUUUUGGCGCCUAAUACAUCUGGGCGGCCAUUACAGAUAACAUUACAUGAUAUGGCUACUGUUAUGACUGAAGUUUUGUCUAAAUUACCAGAACUAAGAGGCAAGCGUGAUCACUCUGGGGUGAGAACAGAGUGCGCUGACAAUACUAGGGCCAUGUCUGAUACUGCGUCACAGCUUGCAGAGCAUGAGGACGGAGAGCUUCAUUCUGUGGGUGACGGUUCUGAUCCAAACAGAUUGGAUUCAGAUAUUUCAAAUUUUAAAUUUAAAUUGGAGAACCUCCGUGUAUUACUAGGGGAGGUCUUAGCAGCUCUCAAUGAUUGUAACACCGUUGCAAUACCAGAGAAACUGUGCAGGUUGGAUAAAUACUUUGCGGUACCGGCGAGUACUGACGUUUUUCCUAUACCUAAGAGAUUAACUGAAAUUGUUACUAAGGAGUGGGAUAGACCCGGUGUGCCGUUCUCACCCCCUCCAAUAUUUAGAAAGAUGUUUCCAAUAGACGCCACCACUCGGGACUUAUGGCAAACGGUCCCUAAGGUGGAGGGAGCAGUUUCUACUUUAGCUAAGCGUACCACUAUCCCGGUGGAGGAUAGCUGUGCUUUCUCAGAUCCAAUGGAUAAAAAAUUAGAGGGUUACCUUAAGAAAAUGUUUGUUCAACAAGGUUUUAUAUUGCAACCCCUUGCAUGUAUCGCGCCGAUUACGGCUGCGGCAGCAUUUUGGAUUGAGUCUCUGGAAGAGAACCUUAGUUCAUCUACGCUAGACGACAUUAUGGACAGGCUUAGAGUCCUUAAACUAGCUAAUUCAUUCAUUUCGGAGGCCGUAGUACAUUUAACCAAACUUACGGCUAAGAACUCAGGAUUCGCCAUACAGGCACGUAGGGCGCUGUGGCUAAAAUCCUGGUCAGCUGAUGUUACUUCUAAGUCCAAAUUACUUAAUAUACCUUUCAAGGGGCAGUCUUUAUUUGGGCCCGGUUUGAAAGAAAUUAUCGCUGACAUUACAGGAGGUAAGGGCCACGCCCUACCUCAAGACAAAGCCAAAGCUAAGGCUAGACAGUCUAAUUUUCGUCCCUUUCGGAAUUUCAAAACAGGAGCAGCAUCAACCUCCACUGCACCAAAACAGGAAGGAGCUGUUGCUCGUUACAGGCAAGGCUGGAAGCCUAACCAGUCCUGGAACAAGGGCAAACAGGCCAGGAAACCUGCUGCCGCCCCAAAGACAGCAUGAACCGAGAGCCCCCGAUCCGGGACCGGAUCUAGUGGGGGGCAGACUUUCUCUCUUCGCCCAGGCCUGGGCAAGAGAUGUUCAGGAUCCCUGGGCGCUAGAGAUCAUAUCUCAGGGAUACCUUCUAGACUUCAAAUUAUCUCCCCCAAGAGGGAGAUUUCAUCUGUCAAGGUUGUCAACAAACCAGAUAAAGAAAGAAGCGUUUCUACGCUGUGUACAAGAUCUGUUAUUAAUGGGAGUGAUCCAUCCGGUUCCGCGGUCGGAACAAGGACAAGGGUUCUACUCAAACCUGUUUGUGGUUCCCAAAAAAGAGGGAACUUUCAGGCCAAUCUUAGAUUUAAAGAUUCUAAACAAAUUCCUAAGAGUUCCAUCGUUCAAAAUGGAAACUAUUCGGACAA